ACUCCGGCGCGGAGCGACGAGAGCGCCCGGCGGGAGCGGCGGCAGCGAAAGGGCACCGGGAGGGCUCUCCGCGGCCACUCGCCAGGUGAGCGGCAGCGCUGCCGCAGCCGCCCCCCGGCCGGCUGACAGCGGGGGCGGCGCGGGGCCGGGGCUCGGCGGCGGGGCCGGGGCCGGGGCCGGCGGGGUGCCGCCUCGGUGCGGCGGCGGCGGCGGCGCCGCGGGCGGGGGCCGGGGGGCGCGGGCGUCACGCCGCGAGCGGCGCGGGGAAUACCCGGCGACCGUAUGCAGAUGAGGGCAGCGCCUUGCGUAAUGCCCUCCCGCGGCGGGGAAGGGGCAUGGUCACCGGCGGGCGGCGGGGGGGCCGCGCUCUCCUCGCGGGGGCUCCCGGGGCCGCCCGGCGCGGCGGCCGCGGCCGCAGGGGGGUCCGGGCGGGGGCGCGGGGACGCCGGGCCGCGUGUGCGCGCGCUGCGCCUCGGCGGCCGUUCCCCGAAGUGGGUGGGACGUUGGCCCGUUCCGGGAAUGUUCCAUGACGUGCGAACGCCACAGGAAGGGGGUUAACGAGGGGCUCGGCCGCGGCCGCCGCCGGGGCCCGCCCGCCCGCGGGGCUCCCUCCGGGGAGAGGCGGCGGGAGGCGGCCGGCGGCGCGGGGGCCGCCGGGGGCGCGAGCCCUUAUGUAACCGGAGCGGCCGGCGGCGGUUAUGUAAGCGGCACGUCCGCGCCCGGCGCGGCCACCUCGCGCCGCGCUCCCGGGAGGCGGCGGCGGGCCCCGGAGGGGCGGGGCGGAGGAGGCCGGGGAACCCCGGGCCGGGCCGGGCCGGGCGGUGCGGGGGGAGCCCGCCGUGUCACCCCGCGAUAACGGCGCUCCGCGUUCGGUUUCCCAGAAGGGGAACUCUGUUUUUCGUAUUAGUCGGCGGCGAUGGGCAAACGCUGUUUUGAUACGUGGGGUUUUUUUUUGUUUUGUUUUGUUUUCCUUCAGCGUGGAAAUGGCAGAAAUUAAACUCCUGUUCAAAUAUUAAAGGGCUUUUAUUAUUGUUGUUCUUAUGGCAGUAACUGUUAGGCGGCUUUUUAAGUCAAACUGAUAGCAGUAGCGUCAGUGGAAACGCGUAGCCGGGUAAUUUCCCUUCUCUCCUAUUGAAACGGAGCAAACUUUGCUACAGCCCCGACCUUGCUCGUACGCUGCCGAGCACGGAGCGCGCCGCGCGCCCUCUCAGCUGAGGGUACCGCUCUAUUUGCUCCUUAAUUUGUUCGCUUCUCCCCCGCCCGCGCUGCGGACCGCUGUGGCAGCGCGCCGGCUGUCGGGCUGCGGGAGCCGAGGGAGCUGCUGGCCUCGGGCCGCCCCGGGCUGAGGGUGCCGGCGCGGAGCCCGCCGUGCUUCGGCCCUAAAGGCGAUAGCGGCCGGGCUCGGGCAGCGCGUCUGUCCUCACCGAUAGGAGCGCCGAGUUCGCAGCCCGUGGACGUGCCGGCGUGGGCGCACGGUAACCGGGAGAUUGUAUUCGUUAACAGUUGAAUCUUGCUUUACCCUUCCAGUCAGCGGAUGCUUCUGAAUCUUUAGGUGGGACCCUCUCCUGAUAUGUGACCUACAGCAAGCUACCCUGAAUCGUAUGAUGACAAUGUUAUCGCUGCCACAUCUCUGGAAACCAGUUACUCAUAAAUAUAUGGGCCUGGACUGCUGCCAUCUCCCUCCUUGGAGAGCAGGGUAGUGGAGCACCUGCCACCAAGGAGAAAAACUGCCUAUCUUGCCUUCAAAGGCUGGUGGCCAGAAAGAUGUGUCUGGUUGUCUUCUCGUUUACCUGAGCUGCUGUUAGGCAGGCAGGUAUAAGGUCUCUGUCUAUAUCCCUCUUGUGCAAGCUAUCUAGGCUACCAGAAAUAAACAGCUGAAUGGAAAUUUUACUUCUGGCUGUGAAAAGUGGCUUUUGAAUGAAGUCUACUUCAAAUAACAAAUGCCUUCUUUCCUCCUCCUCCUCUCCACCUACUUUGUUCCUAACCAUUAACUUUUCAUGUCACUUGAGCUAAGUUCAGUGUCAGACUCACCAGAUCCUACUGAAAAACACAUCUCUCUUUUGUGGCAAGCUGAAGAAGAUGAGAGGCUUGUGGUGUUUUUCCUUCUCAAUCUUUGCUCCUCUGGGAAAAGCAGCUAAGGCUGUGUGAAGCUGCCUCCUUCCCACUCUGCUCAAAAAUGCCUCUCCAUCAACUGCUUUGAAGCUUCUCUUAAGGAGGCUCGGCCUGGCCUGCUCAGUGCCAUCAUCUGCCAGGGGAGGUUUUCUCAGCUUGUGGUGGCUUCCAUCGUGGUAGAAGGCUGCAGAAGAUUGCUGUGGAAUAAGUCAUCAUCACCACUAGCUAUGCCAUUUGAAAAUCAUUACUUAAGCAUGAAAGAGAAGAAAAAGAUGAAACAUUAGGAGAUUUAAACCCUACCCAAAGCUCCAAAUAAUUUCUGCCAUUUCUGCUUUCUGUUUCCUAAUCAUAGGCUGCUUCUGCCAUGAGAGGAAAUGGCAGUCACUGGACAGUGGUGCUUGAAAUAUUCUGCGGCGUGCACUAAUACUUAUGGUAAAGAUGGAUGUAUUUAUGGGAAACAAAUGGAGAUCUGAGCUUUCCUGGGGACCUUAAUGGUAUUAUCUGUUAUAACUUACGUGCUAAUACUUGCUUAUUUUGAUCGGUGCUGAAAAACAGGAUCAGAAAAUAGAAUGUGGACUUUGGGUGCUGUCACACAAUGAUGAGUCAGCUGAAAUUGAAGCCAGUUCAAGGUUUAAGUAUGAUCGUUGAUGUUCUUGAAAAACAAAAUCUCUCAACCAGUCAGCAGCUGAGUUUACUUCUCAGCUGUUAGACAAAAGCCACCCUUUGCAGGGAUGCUGUGUGACAGAAGGAACUCUUUCCUUUUCCCUCACCUUGGCCAUUAGUCCAACAGUUAGGAAUCAGAUUUAACCCUUGGUGUUCGUUGCAGGCUUUGUGAGUCUUUUCCAGCAUUGAAAAAAGUAUUUUUGAUAGACACACUAGUUUGUUGAUUUGUUUGCAAUCAGUUUUCCCGGAGGUUGCUGUAAUGUGGGAGGAACUGAGUUCUUUGGGUGCAAACGUUCACUGCUGACUCUUCUUAGUCAUUAGAUGUUUUUCACAUUAAGGUGCUUUUACUUUUAUGGGAAAAUGUCAAGCAUCUUCUGAUAGUAGGCAUUCAAAUUGACAGAAGCCAUUGGCUGGGGCCAAUGCAGCAUCACGCCAGCACAGACCUCGAGGGGCCUGCAGAGCCCUGUUCCCACCCAUGCACCCCUGCUUUACCUCCUGAACCAGCCCUAGGUCCGACAUCCUGGUACCGACCUACAUCCAUGCUGAUGUGCCACCAAACUGAAAGAUGUCACUGUUCUUUUCCAAAAAGAACGUGUCUUUUUAUACAGUUCCCCUGCCAUCUCUUUUUAUUUUCUAACUGCAGCUCUUUUAAGGCUCCCUGCCUUUGCAGUUCUUGCCUUUGUUUAGAUUAUUUUUGGAAACUGGGGAACAAGAGGAGGGAUGAAGUUCAGGGGGCUGACUGUACUAGGAGGCCGAAACUCUUUCUGUCUGUGUGCUCUUCCCUCUUCUUUCUUCUCUCCAUGGCAGGGCAGGUUCCAGGGCACGCCAUGGCCUCAUGCACAAAACGUGGCUGGCACAUGUGCCGACCCCCCCUUCCUUCCUGGAACCACCAUCAUUGCUCUUCUGCUUUCCUGGGUCAGCUGGGCAAAAGGUUUGAGAGCUGUGAGUUUUGAGAGCUGUGGAAUACUGGGGAGCACUUGCACCUUAAGGUAAAUUGUAUGCAGAGAGGAAUGUGUUUCCUUUAUUAUUUUUCAGUGAGGCAGCCCCACAAAGGUUGUUGGCCUUUUCUUUAAGUAUUGUCGUGUUUUUACAUCAGGAGUGUCACACACUGGCUGCCAAGCUUGGCAAGAAAAUCUACAUUCUCUGGAAGCCUGAGGAACAGCAGCUGAAGCCCGAAGGCGGCUUUCUCUGCAUAGGUUUUUUAAGAUAGUUAGCGCUUGGGAAGUCAUUGGCUGUGAGAUAGGUCAGGCUGUCCUCUUGAUAGCUGAGACAGUACUCAGGUAAUUGAGAUACUUGUGAUUGCCCAUGGAAAUUUGCUGAUGUUUAUAAUACUGUCAGGCGCUAAAGUCACUCCCUAACAUUGGUUGUGGGAUCUUAUAGUGGAUCAAUAUCUAAGCACAAUGUGGGAAUUUUCCUCACAUACGUAUUUUUUUUUUUCUGUGGUUAUGAAGAUGCCUAAAUAGCAGUAUGCUGCAGUAAAUGUUAAACAUUAAAAACUGGUUCUGUGUGUACUGAUAAGAGUAAAUCACUAGAGAAGGAAGUAACCUGAGUUUGGCUGGUGAAGCUGAUGCAUCUAUGGUGGAAAUCAAAGUGGGGGAUGAUCACAGUCCUAAUUCUGUCUUUGGAGAAUAGAUUUGAGUCAACAAGAAGAGAGAAUGAAUAUGACUUUUCCCUGAAUUAAAAAGGGAGGGUAGAUGAUUCUGUACAAGAAGCUGCACAACUGAUGCAAAAAGUGAGCCAUAUGUAGGGAGAGGGUAAUCAACAGAACAUGAAAUACUCUUUGAAAAUACAUUGAAAUUGAGUGUUGUUUGUUGUUGUUGUUGUUGUUGUUUUUAAACUGCUGUGCUGUAGCAGAGAUCAGUUAAUUCUGUGAUUCUGUGAAUGGUUGUGCAAAGUGGUCGCUUAGAGGAACCAUAGAAUCAUAGAAUGGCCUGAGUUAAAAAGGACCACAGUGAUCAUCGAGUUUCAACCUCUCUGCUACAGGCAGGGUUGCCAAGCACUAGACCAGGCUGCCCAGAGCCACAUCCAGCCUGCCCUUGAAUGCCUCCAGGGAUGGGGCAUCCAUAAUCUCUUUGGGCAACCUGUUCCAGGGUGUCACCAUUCUCUGAGUUAAAAACUUGAUCCUAAUAUAUAACCUAAAUCUCCUGUUUCAGUUUAAAACCAUUCCCCCUUAUCCUAUCUCUAUCCACCUUCUCCUAUCCCCCCUUGUCCUAUCACUAACCAUCCUUCUCCUGGCAUUCCAUGGUGGAGCAUGGACGCCCUGUCGGCAGGAAUUUAUUGUCACCCACCCCAGUGCUCAUGGCUGGCGCUCAGUGAGGUCUUCUGGGGCUAAUUAUUUAUUUAAUGAGGAGUGGUCACAGUGGCACUAUGAGAAGGGCAGCCCCGCAGCAGGAGGUGUCUUGGAGGUAAUCCCACUGCUCACAGAUAGGCUUCUUGUGCAUACUAUAAAUAAAUAAAGUAAUGAAUAACUGUAUGUUGGCAUUUUUGUUUAAGCUUAUUAACAGUGGCUAAUAGUAUUGAAAGUGCUUUGGGUACUACCAUGCUUUGUAGUUCUCUAAUUUCUUGAAGAAGUAGUUGAAAGGCUUGAGCAGCAAGUUAAGAAAUCAGGUUGCUGCUGACUGAACUUUUGAACUUUUCCUAACAAAAGGGUAGGUCCGCGAGAGAAGAGUCAAAUUUAUGUGUGUGUACACAUGAGCAGUCCAGAUGAUUUCACUCCAAAGAGAGAAAUCUUCCUCUUUUUAGGCUAAAUAGGCAUGACAAUGCUGCUCCUUAGUUCCACGUGUUUCAAAGGUAACAGUGAGUGCUGGUGAUUCAAGGGAGCCUCAGGAAGAAAGGAAUUUGAGCGUAACUUAAGAGAUAAAAGCUAUUGUUUGACACGAGAUAUUUGGAGCGUCUCUACAAGAUUUUAGAUUGUGUGUUGGUUCAGGAAAGAAGAGAAAGCAAAGCAAUGAAAUCCUGUGGUUAUGCUUUUAUCAAUACAUUUGAUUUUUUGGAAGAAUGCAUUCUGGGUCUGAUCCUCAUCUUCUUUCCCAAUUACUGAUUAAUAAGAAAUAAAGUCUUGCAGAGAAAAGCUUUCAUGCUUUUAAAUUUCAUGGUCUGUAGCGAAGGACAAAAUGAAGAAAAGAAGAAGGACAAAAUGUUUUGAAAAACAUGAGAAAUGGGCAGUUUUGAUGUACCAGGCACAGCUCAGGCUGGGCUCAGUCAGUGCUGCACUGCAUUCACUGACUGCCAACUGGGCCCAUUCCCCUUCAGCCCGGUGAGGUGGCAUCCUGUGCAUGCAGUGUCAGGAUGUUCCCUGCCUCCCCCUGCCCUUCCUGCAAUAUUUUAAUUUCACUAUUCCAGCCGAGCAGAAGCUGUCAGCAGCAGCAUCUGGAGCAGCCUUGUCCUCGAGUGAGUGGCUCUUCUCUCUGCUUCAGGGCAGACAGCGGCAUUGGCAAGGCUGGAGCAACAGGACUUGGAUUUUGGGAAGUUUUAAGCUGGUUUAUGCCUGUGUUUUAAUUGUAACAUUUGACUGUAUUGAAUAUAGGAACUGUUCUCAGCAGGUCUUUGUAUGCGUGAGGCUGUUUGAGCUGGAAUCCUGUGUUACAUUGCUGUAGGUGGAUGCUGCGAUGAGGGUGGUAAAGGAGAGCAUCUUCCCUCUGCUGCCUUUCCCCGCUCCCCGCUUUCUGUAAUCCCCAGUCAGUCUGUGCCUUCCCUGGCCAGACAGAAUUACAGUAGGUAUACACUCGGAAUCGGGUUUUUAUUGUCAGCACCUGUGAGCAAUCAAAGCUUGUUUGUGCAAAUUCAAAAUGAAACUUCAAUCUGAAAUGGGUGUGAUUUCAGAACAGCUUGUUUGCAGCCAUUGUUACUCUUUGCCAAGAAAUAUAAGGCUUUACAGUAACUCCUAGGUAUUGCUCUAGUUACUGUGCACUAGAAUAAACCCAUCAUGUUUCAUGUCUGACUUUAUUUGGUCCCUUAAAGCCUAGUGGCAUACAUAUGAUGCGAGCAGACUCAUGAGACUACUGCAGCUGUAUUAUUUUUCAUUACCGUGUUCUAAAAAUUCAUGUUAAGAAUUUUGGUGAAGAAUGGAUCAUUGACAUAUUUUUAGUUAAUAUCUUGGAAUAGGGAAGUACACCAUCCUCAACUUACAGUCACUCAGCUGUGAACGAGCUAGAUACGGAGUGGACCCAGAGUGAAUACAGAGAAAUGAAAAAUCCUCAGAUCACUUAGUUGCAGCUGCAGAUGAGAUUUUUGCCAUCAGGUGAUAGUUCCAGAAUCCAGGUUCCCGGUGUGUAAGAAGAACAUCCUUACUCUGAUGGUUUGAUUUGCUUUAAAACUUUGACAUAAGAACUGUUGUUUACCGCUAGUAGUGCUACCAACUGGAACCAGGGUAGACUGUUACACAGGUAGUAGUAAGUUGACAUUUAACUAUAAGUAUACUUAUUUCCAAAGAUAAAAAUGUAGGCUUUUAUGCUUAAUAUCUGAAAUAAACUCACUUCCCUCCACCAAUUAUUACUUACCUGAGAUUUCAUCAGAGGUGUUUGCAUGCACAGGGAGAUGUCCGAUUCAUACUUUCAUAUGGAAAAAAUAAGUAAUUAUGUAGCCUCAGCAGACUCUAUUUCUAUGGUGUUUUAAUUUCACUUUUCAAUUAUAAUCAGUAUUACCUGUUUUGUCACUGCUAGCAUGAGAAGAAAAGCCCUAAGAAACUGAUGUGCAGGCAAAAGGAGAAUAGCAUAACUAUUUUUAUGUUCCUUACAUCAGUGUCCCGGUUUGUCUAAUGUUGUAUGGCACAGUGACUCCAGUGCUCCACACUGUUCUGUCCUCAGUGAGCCAAACAUCUAUUCCAAGAUUGCUGUCUGCUUCACAAGUUGUAGAAACUUUCGAAAAAGAAUUUGCUAAUUUGGGGUGCUCAUUCAUUGUCUGCUUGGAAAGCUGAUUGUCUCUAUGUUUUCAGCAAACAAUAUUCUUACACUAUCCUUACAAUGUCCUUACAAUAAUAUGUAUUCCUAAUGGAAUUCUUUUGGUCAGCAAGGGAGAAUUCAUCUGCUUAGGACUUCAGAUGCUUCAAUUCAGAAAACCAUCAGGAAGCACUGCUGCACCAGGGCACCUCUUCAUUCAUUUAUGCUUAUUUAGCUGGGUAAUGACAGUUACCAUUGUGAUUCCCCUUCUGUUCUGUACCUUUCUUCAUUUUUAUUUCCUUGCAUUGAAAAGCACUACAGUGUUACUACUGGGAACAUCCAGCACUGUUCCUGCCAGUCCCUUAUUUUUCCAUAUGCCCUUUCACCUCAGAGAGAGCGCCAUCACUGCCCAUCCGUCAUGUCUCCCAUUCAUACCUAUUCUGUACAAGGUUUGCUGGGUUUCUUUUUGUUUCAGGAACACGGGCUUUUGCAAAGCCUGUUGGCUUCAGAAGCACUUGCACAACUUGUACUACGUCUACUAUAUCAGAACCGACAGAACUGGCAGCUCUUUUAAAAAACAAAAACAAACAAACAAAAAAAGCCCCAAAACAGGUAAACCUGCAAAAAAAAAAAAUUAAAAAAAACCCUCUUCCAAAUGGAGUAAUAUGCCUGUUAUAGAGAAACAAAGGCUUUUGACUCUUCCUUGUUCAGACAGCCCCUUGGAGGUAUGGAUUGCUUCCCCUUAAUGAGUAUUGACCGGGUCUGGGAGACACAGCACCGGGAUCUUCCAGAUGGGUGCCUGCUGGGGUUAACCCCUUCUGCAUGUCAGCAGGAGACUGAACUUCCAAGCACUGGGUUCCCAGCCAUUUGAAGGCUGCUGGGCUGCAUGCGCUGAGGCUCUGCAGGUUACGGUGUGCCUGUGGUGUGUGAUGGAACAGGCGGGAAGUGCUGGGCUGGGGCACCCCGGGACACCACUGGAUGUGUCUGCUCAGGGCUGUUAAAUUAGGCCACGUGCACACAUAUAUAUGCGUGAGGGAAAAGUGGGGGCCUUGCAAAGCACUUGGGCUAAAAAUAAUGUCCGGUGUUGUUUUUACGUAAUAAUGCUAUCACAGAUGAAGAAAGUGAGGGAGGAGUUUGUAGCCUGGGACAUUUCUUCUUUCCUUUGCUUUGCAGGGUAAACGCUAAAGAUCCUGGAGUGUUUGUUUGGCUAAGUAAUGCUUUCCAGAAGUAUGUCAAUGAAGUAGUCAUUGAAGUCAUAGAAUACCUUCCUAUAUUUAGCAUUUAAAUAUGCAGUAGAAAGCCAUUAACUUUUAAACUCCUAAGAACCGUAAGCAUUCCUGCAAAGGAACUCAGAUGUUCAAGUGAGCCAAUUAAGGAUACGGAUUUUACUACUGCCAGAAUAGUGCAGUAAGUGUUGUGCCAUCAGUGGUUGGGGUAAGCUCAGUUACAUCCUGCUGAGUGUGGUUGCUGUGAGGGCACGUGCAGUAUCCUCAAACUGUUGAAGGGGCAGGAUUGCUGUGGGGUUAUCACUUGGUUAGUUAAUUUGGAGGACCGUGCUUUUCCCUAGAGAUUGAUACUAAAAAAUCCAGUUAUGCAGACCCGUACAAUAGUUUAUGUGAGAAAGGAAUCUCUGGGCAUCUUCUUUCCAGCCCCUGCUCACAGCAGGUGCGUGGUUUUGCAUGUUGUCGUUAUCUCACCUGCAUGUGAUCGUGAUGAUUUAUGCAAGAAAGAUUAAUUAAUCAGAACUUUUUUUGUGUGUGCAUGUGUAGACAAGAGGCAAGUGCCAAAGAGGGGUACAAACUGAGUCCAAAGUGUUUUACAGAGGUGGUGGAGAUGGCAUUGAAGUGCCACCAAAAAUCCCACCCCACUUAACACGUAUGAGUGCUCAUACAGAAGGCAAACAUCGCUCUGGGGUAGCACAAGGGACCUAAUUGGAACAUUUGUAACUUAAUUUUAAAUCGUUGUUGUCAUUGUGGGUUAAUAUACUGAAGGAAUCAGUAAAUAUGCUGAAGAAAUUGGUAGGUAGUAAAAGCGAAGGCUAUACAACAGUUUAUAGCCAGUGGUUCUGUUUAGGCUUAAUCCCCGUAAUGCCGUGUUAAAAUUUACAAAACAGCUUGUAAUUGCAGGAGCUUAUUUAAACCAGCUAUUUGUGGUUAUGUCUGCUGAGGAAACUUAAACUUCAGCGUUCCCCAGCCAUCUAAUAGCAGCAAAUUGACUGCGGGUCUCUUGUAAGAAUAUCUAAAUGUAGGCUGUUGAAUAAUCCCUUUGGGGGCCCUGUAACUAUUUUUGUGCCUGGAUAUGCGUCAUCAGUGGGUAUUUUCUCUGGUGACUAGCUUACAUCAGUAGGUCUCCUACCAUACACUCUAUCAGCAAGUGACUUAUGAUUGAUGGGAGUCACGGCCGCGCUUGGGCAUUUAUCUGUGACCUCAAAUAAUGGACAACGGGAAUCUCCACGCUGUUAAAUCCCUUCGAUGACGGGAGGACUAUUUACUUGAGAAGCUGAGAGUGAGCUAGAAACAUUGAUGAAGCCUCUAUUCUGUGAGGUGGAGGAGAGUGUGGACAGCCGUAUUUGCUGGAGUGGUGAACCAAAUUGCCUUGACUGGAACCAUUAUUCACUUGCACCUUUGACUGCAGCAGACAGGAAAUCUGAAGAUAGUCAUGCCUAUUAGAUGCCUACAAGAUGCAGAUAUCUGUGUCACCAUGGAAGAGAUGAAGAGAAUAAUCUAGUAGAUCACAAAUAUCUCUGUCAUUCUGCAUCUCAGUUUUUAAUAACAAUGGAAAAUGUCCAAAUGCUAUAAUAAGCCUUUGCAAAUGUGUAAUAAACUGUUUAAGAAAGUUUAUGCCAUGAACAGGACUGUAUAAUAAUCACAUUAGUAUACAGACACAAAUCUAAUGCCUAUAGACUACUGCGUGGAAAGUUCCAAAGAGAAAGAAAAGUCUGUGAACUUGCAACAGCUCUGGAAAAAUGGGAGCAACAAAACUUUAAAAAGCACAGCUUUGGACACACUCCAUGAGUCUGCACAGCUUUCAAGUGAACUAGCACUUAAGACCUUGUGUAACAAAAUGGACUCUGGGGACACAGCUAUAGGGCAAAAAGCUACCUCAGGGUCUGGAGAAACUGCUAAAGUACCAAGUAGAUGGAGGCAAGAACAUUCAGCUGUUAUUAAGAUGAGCACUUUUGGCAAUCAAGAAAUACAGAGGCAACCACAAAUAGAUCACGAGCAAAUUGGAAACACAGCAUCAGCACAACUUUUUAGUUCUGGGAAACUGGUAUCAUCGAAUGAAGCUGCACAGCAAGUCACGGAGAAGCAAUAUCCACAGCAUCGUCCAACUCCUUACUCAUGUCAACAUUCACUUUCUUUCCCACAGCAUUCAUUGCCACAAGGUUUCUUGCACAACAUAAAGCCACAUCAGAGCUUGGAAGGCCCUCCAUGGCAGUUUCCUAGCCACUUGCAAUCAGUUGCCUCAGAGGACUUAUUUCCUUUUCAUAUGCAUAGCCAUAGUGGAGGUUUCUCCAGGAAGAAGAUUUCAAGUUUAAACCCUGCUUAUAGCCAAUAUUCACAGAAAUCUUUAGAACAAUCAGAAGAUGCUCACAAGAAGGAGCACAAACCCAAAAAGCCUGGCAAGUACAUUUGUCCUUACUGUAACAGGGCUUGUGCCAAACCUAGUGUACUUAAAAAGCAUAUUAGGUCUCAUACUGGGGAACGACCAUACCCUUGUGUUCCUUGUGGUUUCUCCUUCAAGACAAAGAGCAACCUCUACAAGCACAGAAAGUCACAUGCCCAUGCAAUUAAAGCAGGGUUGGUACCUUUCACAGAGUCAGCAGUCUCUAAAUUGGAUCUAGAUGCCAGUUACAUUGAUGUGGAAGCUGAAAUACACUCAGAUGGUGAGCAGAGCACAGACACUGAUGAGGAGACCUCACUCCUAAUGGAAGGGUCUGAAAAACUGAGCCCCGUCCCACAGCUCCCCCUGGACAUGGCUAGUAGGAGCAGUUUUCACUCCUCCAUGGAAGAGUCCUUGGUGGGGCCAAUGAAAGUGCCCAUUUUGAUUAUCCCUAAGAGUGGAAUUCAGUUACCCAGUGAGAGUUCACCCUAUAUUGGCUCUGAUAUGUUGCAAAACCCAUCCUUAAGUACUAAGGCUGAUGACUCUCAUACAGUUAAACAGCGACUUGCACUAAGACUGUCAGAGAAAAAAGGGCAAGAUUCUGAGCAGUCCUUAAACCUCCUUAGCCCACACAGUAAAGGAAGCACUGACUCGGGUUACUUCUCCCGCUCAGAAAGUGCUGAGCAGCAAAUAAGCCCACCAAAUACCAAUGCAAAGUCUUAUGAAGAGAUCAUCUUCGGGAAGUUUUAUAGGAUUAAUCAAAGAACAGCACUAACAGUAGCCACAACAAAUCAGGAACACAGUUUAAUAGGUAGAAAGGGCAAAGCAGAGCCAUUAUCUCUCUUAAAUAACAGAUUGGAUAUAAAGAUGCUCGAGGAACAUAUUUCUCAGCUGACUCCAAAUAAAGAAGAACUCAUUGACUCCAGUAAUUUGAGCACUAUUAAAUCUACACAAGUUUAUCCAGGCAGAAAUGCAGAAUCUAGACAAUCCCAGAGUGCCACAUCCCCCAUCAAAAGUGAAUCCAACCUGUACCAAGCCAGUCAGCAGGGUGAGGUGCCUGUCCUUCUUGAACCCCCAGUAGAUUCUUCUCCUCUUAUUAGAAGUAACUCCAUGCCAACCUCUUCUGCAAACAGCUUAAGUAUUCCCCCAUCUCUGAGAGGAAGCCAUUCAUUUGAUGAGAAGAUGACUGGCUCUGAUGAUGUAUUUUACCCUGGUACAGUGGGAAUAUCCCACCAAAGGAUGUUGAGAAGACAGGCUGCCUUUGAACUGCCCUCUGCGCAAGAGGGGCACUCAGAUUCAGAUUACCAUGGAAGACCAGGGAAAAAUAUAAUUAUUUCUUCCAGUAGACAAAUAGCAGGUGACAAAGGACCAUCCUCAAAAGAGAAGAAAAUGGGAGACAAGGCCUUCUAUGACUAUGAUGCCAGUGGAAAGCACUACAGAAAAUGGGAAGAAUUUGAAGCUCAGAAGCAGAGCUACAGAGACUCUCCCUCCUUAGGUGGAAUAAACAAGGGGGGAGAGUACUUCAUUGAUCCACUUGGACAAUCUCAGGCAAUGCCAUCCAUGCUUGGAACUUUUGAAAACAGGAAGCGCAGGAAAGAGGAGAGUGUUGGAGACGAAGAGGACAGUCCCAUGCUUUGCAGCAGUACGACUAGCAGCACUGCAGGAAUUCAGUCUUUGGACUUUGAUCCCAAAUCCCAAAUUCAGGAUGUGCCAAGGAGUGGAUUUUCCCUUCAAGGUCUGGACAAUUCUGCCCACUGCCAUGCAGAACGUUUUGACAUGUGUAGGCCUUACUUGCAGUCUGGAAGUCCAGCAGCUUCUCUGGAAGACUCAACCUUAACUGCAGAGCAAGAAAAGACUGCAGAAUCAUUGACUAGAAAGCCCCCUGGAAAUGUCAUUUCUGUCAUCCAGCACACAAAUUCAUUGAGCAGGCCGAACUCAUUUGAAAGGUCUGAAUCUACAGAACAUAUUGCAUGCCAGCAGGAUAAGAUCUAUUCACCAUCUGAAAUGUGUGAGAAUGAGAUUUGUGAGUCCCCAAUGAGCCCAGACCGAGCUCCACAAACAGAAAAUACUGACACCAGUAAGCCAUCUCCGUCCCAGCAGCCUCAGUCGUAUCAUAUGCAGCCCAGGUUGGUUCGCCAGCACAACAUACAGGUACCUGAAAUUCGUGUCACAGAGGAGCCAGAUAAGCCUGAGAAAGAUAAAGAAGUGCAGAACAAAGAGCAGGAGAAACCAACUGAAGAAUUUCAGUGGCCUCAGAGAAGUGAAACCCUUUCUCAACUGCCAGCUGAAAAGCUCCCACCCAAAAAGAAGCGUUUACGACUGGCUGACAUGGAGCACUCUUCUGGAGAUUCCAGUUUUGAGUCCACUGGUACAAGCCUUUCUCGCAGCCCUAGCCAGGAAAGUAAUUUGUCCCACAGUUCAAGUUUUUCAAUGUCCUUUGAAAGAGAAGAAAAUGUGAAGUUCAUCACACCUCCCAAACAAGAUGAAUUUGGAAAACAGUCUGAGUUUUUGACAGUUCCAGCUGGUGCUUACUCGCUUUCCGUCCCUGGGCAUCACCAUCAGAGGGAAAUGAGACGUUGCUCAUCUGAGCAGAUGCCCUGUCCUCAUGCUGCUGAAAUCCCUGAAAUUCGAAGUAAAUCCUUUGACUAUGGGAACCUGUCUCAUGCCUCUUCGGCUGGGACACCAACUACUGCCCUAUCUCCAUCACGAGAAAGGAAGAAAUGCUUCUUGGUUCGACAGGCUUCUUUUAGUGGUUUCCCAGAGAUUUCCCAGACUGAUCAGAGCACAGAACAAAGUAUAAAGCAGGAGCAGAUGGAACACGCACAGGCUGGUCUUCGUUCUUCCCAGCUUGCCUGGCAUCACUCACCUUCCUCUGUACUUCAGCCCAUUCAGGUAGAUGACUCUGGAAAACAGACUGUUGGCUCUUGUGCUCAGCUUGCUAAUAGCUCAUCCCACCUUGCCCAACAACAGGCUCUUCUUGCAGAUAGUCCGGAAAUGUUAAGGACUCCUAUGAUCCAACAAGCACCUUAUAUUUCUAACAAACAUCCAUCAGAGCAACAACAGCUAUUUGCACAUCAGGAAAAUGUCCCAUUUCCCUCUAUUCAUAGCACCUUGUUUCAGUUCCCAUAUCCAACUGUCUGCAUGGUUCAUUUACCACCAUCUCAGCAGCCAGUGUUGUGGCAGUCAUGCACAGAACCUCUACACUUCCAGCAUCAUUUUGUACAACAACUGCAGAAAUCUUACGUCAAGCAACCUUUCCAAACAGACAUUCCUCCAAGUUAUCACCUGGAACACGUUCCAGAGCUUAUUGGAAAGAAACCAGCUGAUUAUAUGCAUGCUAAAGAGCAAGCAUACCAGCAUUACUCAGGAACAUCUGGGCAGUAUUCAAAAAUUACUCUUGCUAAGUACCAGUCAGACCAUAGCAUUAAACCAACAGAUACCUCUUCUGAACAGCAUCUUCAGACAGAUUUUGACUCCCCAGGUGAUGGAUCUGUACAACCUUUGCCAGGAACAGUUGUUCCUGUCAGGAUUCAAACCCAUGUGCCGUCUUAUGGUAGUGUCAUGUACACAAGCAUUUCCCAGAUCCUUGGACAGAGCAACAGUCCUGCAAUUGUAAUUUGUAAAGUUGAUGAGACCGUUUCUCAAAGAACAUUGGUAACUAGUGCUACAAUGCAUGGAAUUGGAUUUAACAUAGCUCAGAUGUUAGGUCAACAUGGAGGGCUAGAAAAAUAUCCUUUGUGGAAAGUGCCACAAACACUAUCACUUGGACUGGAGUCCUCAAUUCCUCUCUGUUUAACUUCCAGUUCUGACAUGGCUUCUACCUUGGGUGGAAGCAAACGAAUGCUUUCACCUGCCAGCAGCUUGGAGCUCUUCAUGGAGACCAAGCAGCAGAAACGAGUCAAAGAAGAAAAGAUGUAUGGGCAGAUAGUUGAAGAGCUAAGUGCAGUUGAGUUAACUAACUCAGAUAUAAAGAAAGAUUUUCCAAGAAUGCAGAAGCCUCAGCUAGUAAGGCAGAGCUGUGCUACUGAGCCAAAAGAAAGUCUGCCAUCCGUGUCAUCCUCUUCACCACUGUCGUCCUCUUCAUCUCAAGAUUUCCCACCUGUCAGCGUGCCAACAGCUGAUGCUUUCCCACUAAGCAGGGAGAAACUUUCUAGUUUUGAUUCCACAUCACCAGGACAGAAAUCCAGCGGCCCUUCUGAAGGAAGAGAAUCUCCAGAAGAACUGGAUGUUGAUGAAACAGCCUCAGAUAUGAGCAUGAGUCCACAGAGGUCUUCAUUGCCACCAGGAGAAAUUCAGCCAGAAGACCAACUGAAACAUCCAAAAUUGCCUCUUGGAAUGCUAGUCCAGAUGACAUCGAGUACCAGUGGGAAAGUCACGGGCUCAACUAUUCUCCUGACAGAUGUAGCAGAUUUUCAGCAGAUCCUUCAGUUCCCAAGUCUGCGCACUACUACUACUGUGAGCUGGUGUUUCUUAAACUAUACGAAGCCCAAUUACAUUCAGCAACCAACUCUCAAAUCUUCUGUUUAUGCUUCAUGGUGUAUAAGUUCAUGUAACCCAAAUCCAUCUGGGCUAAGUACAAAGACCACAUUAGCACUUUUAAGGUCCAAGCAAAAAAACACCACGGAAAUCUACACCCUGGCUGCUAUGCACAGACCUGGAGCUGGUAAACUGACUUCAUCAAGUGCAUGGAAGCAACUUGCUCAGAUGAAACACGAGCCAUUCUUCUUGUUUGGCAGCAAGCUUGAAAAGAAAGUAGUGGGGAAUAUUAUAAAAGAAAGAGUAAAAGGAGACAUUCAUGGAGAUAAAGACAUUACAUCCAAACAAACCGAGCCGAUACGAAUUAAAAUCUUUGAAGGAGGGUAUAAAUCAAAUGAGGAUUAUGUAUAUGUCAGAGGACGUGGCCGAGGAAAGUAUAUUUGUGAAGAAUGUGGAAUUCGCUGCAAAAAGCCAAGCAUGCUAAAAAAACAUAUCCGCACUCAUACUGACGUCCGGCCUUAUGUAUGCAAGUUGUGCAAUUUUGCCUUCAAAACUAAAGGAAAUCUGACAAAACAUAUGAAGUCUAAAGCACACAUGAAAAAAUGCCUGGAGCUUGGAGUAUCAAUGACAUCUGUAGACGAUGCUGAAACUGAAGAAGCAGAAAACAUGGAGGACAUGCAGCAGGAGGCAGAGAAGAGUAGCAACCUGGCAGGCCUGUCAGCAGAGCAUCAGUUUUCUGAUGCAGAGGAGUCAGAUGGUGAGGAUGGUGAUGACAAUGAUGAAGAUGAUGAAGAUGAGGAUGACUUUGAUGAUACUCAGGGAGACUCAACACCAAAAACCAGAUCAAGAAGCACUAGCCCUCAGCCUCCUCAGUUCUCCUCCCUGUCGGUGAACUCAGCUGGGGCAUCGCAGGGGGCUUCCCCCGAGGGCUCCCUUUCUGUGGGACACUCCUCCCUCAUCAGUUACUUGGUCACUUUACCUAGCAUUCAGGUUACUCAGCUUGUAACAUCAAGCGACUCCUGUGAAGACUCACAGAUGACAGAAUAUCAGAGGUUUUUCCAGAGUAAGAGCACCGAUUCAGAGCCCGACAAAGACAGGUUAGACAUACCUAGCUGCAUGGAUGAGGACUGCGUGCUUUCCUUAGACCCCAAUUCGUCUCCAAGGGACCUCUCACCUUCCAGUCAGCAGUCGUCCCCUGGCUAUGAUUCUUCACCAUAUAGAGAUAACUCACCAAAGAGGUAUUUAAUGCCAAAAGGAGAUUUGUCACCCAGAAGGCAUUUGUCACCCCGGAGAGAUAUUUCACCCAUGAGGCACCUUUCUCCACGGAAGGAGGCUGUGCUGAGGAGAGAAUUAUCACCAAGACGGGACGUUUCACCAAGACGUCACCUAUCACCAAGGAGACCAAUGUCACCAGGGAAAGAUGCGUCUGUUAGAAGAGAUUUGUCUCCUAGGCGAGAGAGGAGAUACAUGGCCUCGGUUAGAGCAACAUCUCCCAGGAGGGGCUUAUACCAUAAUCCAGCGUUGUCUAUGGGUCAAUAUUUGCAGUCUGAAUCUAUUCCAGUGGGGCAUUCAAGGAAGGGGUUGUCUCAGGGGCCUUACUUCGGCUUGUAUGGAGAAAAAGGAGCUAUGGAGCACCACAGGCCUAGCCUGUUCCCUGAAGGUCCGAGCGACUAUGUCUUCAGCCACCUUCCACUACACUCCCAGCAGCAGAUCCGAGCACCCAUCCCCAUGAUGCCAAUCGGGGGCAUCCAGAUGGUCCACUCAGUACCUGCAGCCCUUUCAGGUUUACAUCCUCCGUCCACUCUGGCCCUGCAGAGGGAGGGCUCUGAGGAGAAGCAAAGAGGACUGACAGAAACCCUCACUCAAGAGUCACGCGGUGUUCCCAAGCACCACGAGAAGCGUACCUCUCCGCACAGCUUGCACCCCACCGCUCCCUCCAGCACGUCCUCCUCCCCGUUGCUGUUGCUGACACAGAGCACUUCCGAGGACAGUAUAAUAGCGACGGAGAGGGAGCAGGAGGAGAACAUACAGACUUGUACGAAAGCCAUAGCCUCCCUGCGAAUCGCCACAGAAGAAGCUGCUCUGCAUGGGGCGGAGCAGCCUCAGAGGCCUUCUGAGCCUCACCAGAAACCCUCAGAAAGUGCACAUUUUAGCAUUAAACACUUUAGUGGAUCUGAGCCGGGCCAGGCCUGUGCCUCAGCCACCCAUCCUGACUUGCACGGUGGUGAACAGGACAGUUUUGGUACAUCACAGACUGCGCUAGCCCAUCCCACCUUUUACAACAAGAGCUUUGUGGACAUUCGACAGCUGGGCUUUCACAGCAGGAGCGAGCCCCCAUUAAGCACACAGGAAAGAAAAGAUCUGUCGUCUGAGAAGAGCAAGCCACAUUGAUCUGAGAUGCAUGGAGACUUUCACCCGUACAUUUACCCCACUUUUUUUUCUAGUGAUAGAAGAAGUAUUCAACUUUACAGCAUGCCUGUUCUAAGUUACAGUAGUUUGCUAUUAUAUAUACUUUUGUUAUAUCAAAAGAAUUAGAUAAAAUAACAAGUCAUCAUGAGCCUGACCAAAACUAAAUUUGAAAUUCUUACUGGGUCUGGUACUUUUAAAUUGUACAGAUGUUUGUGCCUUUUCUUUACUUUGCUUAUAUUCUUAUAAGCAUUUUUUUAGCAGUAAUUUGUACAUAUUUUAGAAUUUGUGUAUCUGCUUUGUAAUAAAUGUAAUUUCUUUCCUUUUUUGGACACUUGGAUCUAAAUGAUGUAAAGCAAAACAGCAUCAAUAUAUGUGAGGUUGCACUAAAACAUAUUUUUAUAUUGAUUAAAACUGAACAGCUUUUAUGUACAGCUCUGAUUCUGUAAUACUAAUAUUUAUUUACUUUGUUUCAUAAAUUGUAAAUUUUUUUCUUAAUGUUGUGGAUUGCUUUUCUAUGUGAAGCAUGGGAUUUACUGUUGCGUAAUUAGAACAAAAUGUAUAUUGUAAAACAAGAUAUUUAAACUAGAGUAUCUUAUCUUAUUCUGCACUUAUGCAUUAGUUAAAAAAAAAAAGAUAAAGGAUGUAUCAGUCAGUUCUUAACUCUUGUAAUUUUUUUUGUCUCUUGUUUGCUGGAUUGACUAUAACUUAAGUGCUGAUUGUGAUUUUAAACUGAUAGUACCGUAAAGCAUUAAAGUAAAACAAUGUGCUAUUGUGAGUUUUUUCAAAGCUUUAUAAAACAGUUAUAAAUAUAUUAAAAGUAUUUGGUCUUAUGUGAACAUGUUGAUCUAGAUGCUCCUUUUAAAAGCUAUGGGAAAACAUUCCACCCCAUGUAGAUACGUAUAAGUGCAUCAUCAGUGCCGGCUGCUCUGCCCACCCACAGGCGAGGCACCGCUGGCUCCCAGGUAGGCGGGUGGUCAUGCCUCGGUGUGACCUGCUGCUCCCUCCCCAGAAGCAGGGUUAUGAGGUCCCUAUGGCCACACCGUGCUGGACUGGGAGCUGGGCCACACCGAACCACAGCAGUCCCUGGGUUGUGAGGGCCUGCCGUGCCUCUGCCCAAGCUGAGCGUGGAGGCUAGGGGCCACGCAGAGGUGCCCUGGCAUGUAAGCUCGGAGAGGAGCAGAAGACAUUUCCUCACACAUAAACACCAGCAGCUGGUUACUCCCCGUGAGGAGUCUCCCCGUCCCACAGAUGGAGGAGCAGGUGGGCCCUUCCAGCUAGGCAGAGGGCACUGACAUCUUCAAGAAGCAGAUUAAUGGACAAGAAAGUCACAGUCUUCCAGAGCAGGGUCUCCAUCUGGGUGAGGUUUGCUCCAGAGGGAAGUCAGUAGGAGCCUGGGCUUGUGGUGGGUUCCCACUACCACCAGCAGCAUGUGCCUGUGCGCACACACUCACUCACACACACUCUCUCUCUCACACACACACAAAAGAAACCAACAAUCCGGAUUAUAUUUUGUGCUAUUUAGUGAAUUAUAAUUAUGUGAAACCAAGUUUGUAUAUUGACUUACAAUACAUUUAAGGAGUGUUCUUUAAAAAGAAAUAAAUAUACAAUUACAUGCA